UCAGAGACUCACAGAGAUCAGACAUCAGUGAUGCUGUUACACUGACUGUAUCAGGUGUGUGUUCACAUUCAACUCUGUAGAGAAACUGUUCGAUAAAUAAACUCUGUUUAUUAUUGACCCAAAUGUUCUUCACCACAGACUCAAAGCUCAAUCCUGAACUCACAUCAGGAAACACGGUGACUCUGAUCUGUCACAUGACUCAGACCGCUGGAUGGGACUUUUACUGGUACAAACACACACAGAACUCUGAGAAAAACAAGACAGAAACAAACUCCUACAGAGUCCAUAUUGAUUCAGUGUCUGAUGGAGGUCAGUACUGGUGUAGAGCUGGAAGAGGAGAACCAGUUUACUACACAAACUACAGUGAUGCAUUGUGGGUCAAUGUCACAGCUCAACGUCCCUCAGUGUCUCUGAUCAUCAGUCCCAGCAGAAGUCAACACUUCUCAUCUCACUCUCUCUCUCUGAACUGUGAGGAUCACAAUAACUCCACUGGAUGGACAGUGAGAAGAAACACAGACAGUGAGAGAAUGAAAGUUUGUUCAUCUACAGGAUCUACAUGUGAAAUCAGCUCCCUUAAAACAUCUGACACUGGAGUGUACUGGUGUGAGUCUCAAUCUGGAGAACACAGUCCUCAUAUUAACAUCACAGUACAUGAUGGUGAUGUGAUUCUGGAGAGUUCUGUUCAUCCUGUGAUUGAGGGAGAUACUCUGACUCUACACUGUUUACAUCGAUCUACAAACUCCUCAAUCCUCACAGCUGAUUUCUAUAAAGAUGGAUCACUCCUCCAGAAACAGACGACAGGAGAGAUGAGCAUCCCUACUGUCUCAAAGUCACAUGAGGGUUUCUACUCCUGUAAACACGGAGAGAGAGGACAGUCACCCGAGAGCUGGAUCUCAGUCACAGGUGAGAGUUUAUUCCAGUGAGUUAUUCUGAGAAGUUUGAAAUAAUAUAAUAUGAAUAAAUGUGUCUGUCAGGUUCUUCUUCUCAUCUGGUGAUUUGGGUGGUUGCGGGUCUGAGUGUGGCCGUGUUACUCCUCAUCUCACUGAUCCUGCUGUGGAGAUACAAACACAACAAAGAUCAGCAGUGUAUCAACCAACAGACAU